AUGGCUGUUCAACGGCAGAAUCGCGGUCGAAUUAAUGAAUUAGAAGGGAUGAAUGGCACAAGGACUCAUACGAUAGAGGAGAUGUUAAAACUAGCUUUUGAUUUUUUCGAAGAUUUAUUCUCGGCUUCUAAAAUGGGAUCAGAUGAGCGUGUUUUUGGACUGGUGGAAAAACGAAUCACUGAUGAUAUGAAUGAUUCUCUACUUCAACAAUUUAUGGAGGAGGAAAUCACAUGUGCUUUUAAGAUGAUGGAACCAUUGAAAGCCCCGGCAGUGAUGGAUUUCCAGCAAUUUUCUUUCAAAGCUCAAGGGGCUUUCUUUCCUGGAAGACAUAUUUCGGAUAAUGUUCUUAUUGCUUAUGAGGUGUUUCAUUCUUUGAAAACGAAGAAGAAAGGGUUUCAUGCGGACUGGAUUGUUCUUGUCAUGAGAUGUGUUUGCUCGGUUUCUUAUUCGGUGAAUCUUAAUGGGUUGAGCAGUGAAUGGGACACAUUUGUUGAAGGGGCUAAGGUGGUGAGUGAUGUUAUAAAGGAGUAUGAGACAAUUUCAGGCCAAAUGGUGAAUUUUGAAAAAUCUCUAAUAUACUUCGGGGCUAAUGUUAAUGUUAAUAUCAAGGAUACCAUCACUACUACAUUGGGAGUAAGGGUUGCUUUAAACCCAGAGAAAUAUUUAGGGUUGCCAAUGAUGGUUGGAUGUAAGAAGAGUUGGACUUUUGCUAAUUUUAUUGACAGGUUCAGAAGACGCAUAGAUGGCUGGAGUUUACGCUACUUAUCGAUAGGGGGAAAAGAAGUUUUUGUCAAAUCAAUCCUACAAUCUAUCCCAGUUUACGCAAUGCAAUAUUUUGAAUUGCCUAAACUCUUAUGUAGGAAGCUUGAAGAUAUUUUAUUAGCCAAGAUAGGUUUUUACCCUUCGUUUACCUGGCGGAGCAUUUGCAACGCUCGUGAUUUUAUUGCUGAUGGAGUUUUGUGGAAAAUUGGCAACGGCAUUAAGGUAAACAUUUGGAAUGAUCCUUGGUUGCCUGGAGUGGAAAACAACAGAAUAUCAGGGCAACAUCAGGUGCAACGUAUUAUUUCCAUCCCGAUUUUUGAGACUUCAACGGAAGAUUUACUGGUGUGGAAGUAUGAGGGGUCUGGAGAGUAUUCGGUGAAAAGUGGUUAUAGAAUUCUUACUACUGACUACUUACAGAACAUCAACUACAUCAACUCUACUGCUGAUAUCUACAAGAUUUUUUACAAGUCUUUGCGGUCUAUUAACACCCCGGAGAAAAUAAAAAUACAUAUCUGGAGAUUGCUUAACAAUUAUUUUCCUCACUACAGUAAUUUAUUGUUAAGAAAGUUAAGGAAUGAUUAUGUCUGUCCUCUUUGCAAGGAAGCAUCAAAAGACACUGAUCAUCUGUUGUGGUCUUGUAGUCUUCUUCAUGGUGAAGUGCUUAGGUUUAUUCAUGGUUAUGUUCAGGAAGUAAAUCUUUGUAAAGAGAAACUCGGUGGUUCUGAUGGUUUUCUAAGAAAAGGGUAUUGGAGGCCUCCAGUUUUGGGUUUCAUCAAGAUUAAAUUUUGA